GUCCCUAUAGAAUUUAUUAGGGUUACUUGGUUUCCUUUCCUUCCUUUUUCCAUGUUUUAAAAGCUCAUGGCAUGCUUGGAAAUGUAUAAUAACUCCGAGCACAAAAGUCAUCACCACUGCGCCCCAAUGAGCCCAAGAAUAUCAUUCUCAAAUGACUUUGUGGAGACUCAGCAGAUUACGAGACAAGAGAGGAGCUCAAGGGAGGCUCCAGUCUCCUCAGACUUUGAAUUCUCAGUCUCAAACUACUCCAUGAUGAGUGCUGAUGAGCUUUUCUAUAAGGGUAAGCUUUUGCCAUUUAAAGAUACUUGUAGCAAUCAUAUGCAAAGGACUUUGAGAGAAGAACUUCUUGUUGAGGAUGAUGAUAAUGAUAAUGUGACACUCAGCCCUUCCAAGGGUUCCACAAGGUGGAAGGGAUUUCUAAGUCUCAAGAGAACCCACAUUGGAUCCAAAAAUGCUAACAAGAGUGAAGGGUCCGUGGAGCGAUUGGGUAACAAUACUAAAAGAUCUGGUUUUGUUCACGAGGACACCCGUGUUAACAAGACUUCACAGGACCUUUUGAGUGAAGGGGGGUCAAGCUUCUGAGAUGUGGACUUUUGAGUAUAGUUGCACUUUUUGAAAGGUAUAACUUGUAGAGUUAAGGAGCAUUUUUUUUUUAAAAAGAAAAAAAGAAAAGAAAAAGGGAAGGCUGGGAAUGACCUGAGGUUUGGAUAAAUUUGUAGGUCUUAAAACUUGUUCUAAUGGGGGGUUUGUUUUAAAUUUUUUUUUCUUCAUUUGAGGUGUAGUCACAAGUGUUCCAUUUAUCUCCAAGGAGAUGGGUAUCUGGCUGUUUGUUUGUAAAAAAUAUUUGCAGCUCAAGAGAACUUGUUUCUGAUGUUGAGCAAUUCAUAGAUCUA